CUCCUCCAUUCCGUUUUGCUACAGCAGCUUGCGCUCUCAAGCUCACGAACAGACUCUUUGCUCCGCGUCAAGGCCACGGAAGAGAGCCUUUUCCCGGCCGAAUUCCCGUAACCUGCGACUCUAGUCUUCAUUCCCUUCUCUUUGAGGAAUCACCAUUCAGAUUGUUCUCGUUUCUCUCUGGCCAGGUAGCAGAAGAAGCCAAAUUCGUCGUUGUUGUGACCUGACAGUGAUUCACCCGCCAGAAACUGCUCAUAAGGACAUACGCUCCAAGGAAAACGAUUACAUUGUUCCGAUUUCCUUUUUAUCAGAAGCGGACACUACCACCAGCAAAUGCGCCGCGUGCGUGUGAAGUGAAAUAACUCUUGCAUCACUCCCUGCGAAACCGGUCAAGGAAAACCCCAGCGCGUAGCCAUGGCGCGAAGCUUCCGGGAUCUUUUGGUGCUCCUGAUGCUCUCGUUGCUGGUCCUACCCUUCGAAACCAACGCCUUGCGGCUGUCUGAAGCGUCGCGACGGGUUGGGAGCGAGAACCGAGGGACGACGACUUCGAACAAGGGAAAGCCGCUCAAGACAGUCUACAUCGUGCGCUUCCACCACAUGCCCCCCGCCGCCACUUACACCGGCGGGAUUCUCGGCUUCCCCGCCACCGCCGCGCCUCUGGAAGACUCCCCCGAGGGGCUAAUCGCCUCCGCGGCUUCCGCGGGGUCGGGGGGAGCCGGCGGGCGCCGGCGGCCGUUCGACGCGUCGCAGCCGCACGUGCGCGCCUACGCGCAGCACCUGGUGCGCAUGCACCGAACUGUGCUGGCGGAAGCGGGGGUGGACAGCAGCGCCCACGUGUACAGCUUCCAGUACGCGCUGAACGGCAUAGCAGCGACUCUCACGCCGCAACAGGUGGAGGUUCUUAAGAGGCGGCCGGAGGUGGGGUCAGUGAAGGAGUCUCCUAAGUACGAGCUGCACACCACGUUCACCCCCACGUUCCUCAACCUGAGGAAGCGCGUGUGGAGUAACGAGACGCUCCAAAACGGGGAGAAGGGCGCGGGGCAGCAAGGGGAGGAUGUGAUUAUAGGCGUGAUCGACACGGGGAUAUGGCGGGAGAACCCGGCUUUCAGCGACGAUGUCUCCCCCCCUUAUGGCCCGGUGCCCUCCCAAUGGAAAGGCAGCUGCAUGACGUCAGCGGACUUCCCCAGCUGCAACCGCAAGCUGAUCGGCGCGCAGGGCUUCUUCCAGGGGCUCAAGGCCUCCGGGUACACCAUGGACUGGACCAUUGACUACAAGUCCGCGAGAGAUGUCGCAGGGCACGGGACACAUACCAGCAGCACGGCAGGCGGCAACAGAGGCGUGGAGGUGAAGCUCAACGGCGCCUCGUUUGGGACGGCCAGUGGCAUGGCGCCACGUGCACGAGUUGCCAUGUACAAGGUCUUCUGGGCGACGGAGGAGAACGGCCGUGACAACUGCGACGGGUCGGAUGUGCUCAAGGCGGUGGACACGGCAGUGGCGGAUGGCGUUGACAUCAUCAGCGUGUCGCUGGGCAGACAGGCGCCCAUGUUCUUCGACGACGAUGAGAUCGUCUACCUAAAUGCUGCCAGGGCCGGUGUGCUGGCGUCAUUGAGUGCGGGCAACAGUGGCCCGCCAGUGGUGGGCAGCUCCUUCUUCCGCAGCAUAGGCCACCCCUCGCCGUGGACCAUCACAGUGGCCGCCAGCUCGCACGGGCGCAACUAUAUGACAGACGUCACCAUCAAGGGGCAGAAGUUCUCGGGGCGGUCGCUUGUGGGCGGGGGAGCAGGGGAGCUCAUCCUGGGGAAGGAUGCCGUUAAAGCGGGGGGGAGCGCGUUCAUGGCGGGCAUCUGUGCACCGGGCACGCUGGACUCAGCCAAGGCGAGCGGCAAGGUCGUGGUGUGCCGGCGCGUGUCCACAGAGGGUGGGUGGAGCACGGAGGACCUGCUGCCCAUGAGCAUCACGGCCAAGAAGGCGGGGGCGGCCGGGGUGAUCAUUUACAACAACGACCAGGCGGACAGAGUGGUGGCCAUGCUGCACCCCAUCCCCGCGUGCCACAUGGACCGCUCCACCGGCAUUAGGGUCGUGAAUCUUCUCAGAAACUCCUCCUCAGGCAUCACCGCCACCAUCUCUGCGUCGUACGUCAAGUCCAUGGCAGCGCCCACUGUGGCCCCCUUCUCCUCCUCGGGCCCCAACGUCGACCCCGACGCCGACGCGCGGUUCGGCGGCAAGUACUCGUUUGGCUACAACGAUGUCUUAAAGCCCGACAUCACCGCGCCGGGGCUGGAGGUGUGGGCGGGGUGGACGCAGUCGCCCUUCCAGGAGCCAUAUGGCAUCGCCUCAGGCGUGGUGCCCCCAGCUGCCAUGGCGCACAUCAUGAUCAGCGGCACGUCCAUGUCAUGCCCGCACAUCUCCGGACUCGCCGCAAUAAUCAAGGGGAAAUACCCCUCGUGGUCACCCUUUGCCCUGAAAUCCGCGCUCAUGACCACGGCGUACACCCUCAACAACCAGAACAAGCCCAUGUACUCAGCAGGCCAGAAGCGGGCGGCUGACCCCUUUGACUACGGCGCAGGCCACGUGGAUCCAUAUAGAUCCCUGGACCCUGGGCUCGUGUACGACUCUACAGUGCUAGAGAAUGUACAGUUUUUGAUAGCGGUGGAUAAGGCGGAUGUAGCAACGACGGCAGCGUAUUGGACAGUUCCCAAGGAGAAGAGGACGCCUCUUGCUCACCCGUAUGAUUUGAACCUGCCGAAUAUUGCUGUCAGCAACCUGCGAGGAUUGACAGUCGUAAAACGGACGGUUACAAAUGUCGCCAAAUCAGCCAGCACAUACACGGCAAAGGUCUCUCCGCCCACAGGCGUGACUGUAACGGUGUCGCCCUCGUCCUUCACGAUUCAGCCAGGAGCCAAGGUUACAUACCAAGUCACCCUGAAAGUGGCUAAACAAUCCGUUAAAUUUGCUUUUGGGAGCCUUGUUUGGAGUGAUGGGAAGCACUCAGUGCGCUCUGUGCUGGCCGUGCAACCCUUCCGCAAGUAGAGUGUGACCCUCCUAGAGUCCCUACAACCUGCUAGAUGCAGGGGACUAAACAACGAUUUGUAUGAUUUGCGUAAUCUGUAGAACUUAAUAUGUUGAUUUCCCACUAAUCGAAUAACGG